GGCGAUUGCUGAGAAACCUCUGAUGUUAGGCCCGUAUGACGGGGGACUCGGUCUACUGACAUUCAACCUCCAUCCUCUAGGUGACAGCGAAUAUUUCACAUCUCAGAUCUCACAUCAUCGGACCGGAGCCGAAACGUAGAAAAUCAAAGGCUAGACCAUCUCAAACGUCGAGCAUUUCCAAUUUAAUGUUCGGAUUGGUUACAUCCAUAGUCCGAGCCAUGGACUAAAACGGCAUCCCGGCACUUCUUCCCCCCCACAGUUUCGCCGCACUUAGUCUUCUGCCGCACGUUCUCUUUCUCGUCACGCCGUAGAUCAGUCUUUGAAUCAUCUCAAUAAAUAUCCGAAGACGCCCAAUCGUGUGUUUCUGGCUCAUCCUCCUCUUUUCAUCGCCAGUUGACCGUUGGCAACUCUCAUUAUCUCACACAAUACGCCAGUGUCACCUGAAUCGCCACCAUGGAGGCUCUUCUUCGUCAAUCGAAGUCGAUGUGUCCUUUCCUGAUGAAGACGUCCCCCGCGACGCUUCGGACGCUGUCGACCGCUGCCACCUUCACUGCCUCCCCGGGCGGCGGGUCCAUGUCGAACCUGCAGGUUCUGGCCCGUCGUUGCCCGGUGAUGGGCAAGGCGUUAGCCGUUCAGACGGCUCGGACUCGCCUUGCCACGGUGCCGGGAGCGGCUCGUCGUUAUCAUGGAAAAGCAGGGAAGGCCAACUUGCAUACGACCGCGGCCAAGGAGGCGCAGGCCGUGAAUGUGGAGCCCCCGACUCCCCAGCCGGCCGCGUUCGAUUAUGAGGCCUUCUAUUCCGCCGAAUUGGACAAGAAGCACAAGGAUAAGUCCUAUCGCUACUUCAACAACAUCAACCGCUUGGCCAAGGAAUUCCCUCGUGCCCAUACGGCCAACAAGGACGAGCGAGUCACCGUGUGGUGCUCGAACGACUACCUUGGCAUGGGCCGCAACCCCGAGGUUUUGAAGAGUAUGCAUGAGACUCUGGACACCUAUGGAGCCGGUGCCGGAGGGACUCGUAACAUAUCUGGCCAUAACCGGCAUGCCAUGGAGCUGGAGGCGACUCUCGCCAAACUGCACGCCAAAGAGGCCGCUCUGGUCUUUUCGUCCUGCUACGUCGCCAACGAUGCGACCCUGGCGACCCUCGGCAGCAAGCUCCCCAACUGCGUGAUCUUGUCCGACAGCCUCAACCAUGCGUCCAUGAUCCAAGGCAUCCGCCAUUCCGGCACCACGAAAAUGGUCUUCAAGCACAACGACAUCGCGGACCUCGAGAGCAAACUCGCCUCCCUCCCCCCCUCCGUUCCCAAGAUCAUCGCCUUCGAAUCCGUUUACUCCAUGUGCGGCUCCAUCGGCCCCAUCGAAGCCAUCUGCGACCUGGCCGACAAAUACGGCGCCAUCACCUUCCUCGACGAAGUCCAUGCCGUCGGCAUGUACGGGCCACACGGCGCCGGCGUCGCUGAACACCUCGACUUCGAAGCCCACCGCACCGGACGUCCGACGGGCACCAUCAUGGACCGCGUGGAUAUCAUCACCGGCACCCUCGGCAAGGCAUAUGGCUGCGUCGGUGGGUACAUCGCCGGGUCCGCGAAGCUCAUCGACACGAUCCGUAGCCUCGCCCCGGGGUUCAUCUUCACGACGUCCCUCCCGCCCGCGACGAUGGCGGGCGCGACCGCCGCGAUCGAGUAUCAGGUGCGCACGAACGCGGACCGCCGGCUGCAGCAAAUGCACACGCGGCAAGUAAAGCACGCGCUCGGCGCCAAAGACAUCCCCGUGAUCCCGAACCCGAGCCACAUCGUGCCGCUGCUGGUGGGCAACGCGGCAGUGGCGCGGCAGGCGAGCGACCUACUCCUCGAGCGAUUCGGGAUCUACGUGCAGGCAAUCAACUAUCCGACGGUGCCAGUGGGGCAGGAGCGGCUGCGCAUCACGCCGACGCCGGGUCAUACGGGAGAGCUGCAGGCGCAUUUGGUGGAGGCGGUGGAGAGCGUGUGGGCGGAGUUGGGGAUUAAGCGGACGAGCGAUUGGAGGGCGGAAGGAGGAUUUAUUGGCGUGGGGGAGGAGGGGAAGGUGGAGGAGGAUCCGCUGUGGACGGAGGAGCAGAUGAAGCUGGAGGAGACGAUGCAUGUGAAAGCUGGAUGUCGGAGUAUCAUAGGGGAUGAUUGA